GUUUUCAGUUAUGCAGGUGUACCAGUAGAUUUUGAGGAUAUUGAAAUCGACCCAAACGCAGAUGACAAUGAUGACUUGCAUUAUGCUAUCACAUCGAUUCGUAGAAAUGGUGUAGCAUUAAAGGGAAACAUCGAAACUCGUAGCACAGAGGCUGAGGUACUUUCUCGAAACGUUGCUCUCCGAAAUCAGUUGGAUCUUUAUGUAAACGUCUUGCACUGCGUAUCAUAUUCAGGAGUGAAUUCGCGUCAUAAAAAUAUUGAUAUCGUCAUUGUCAGACAAAACACUGAAGGAGAAUAUGCUAUGCUGGAGCAUGAAAGUGUGAAAGGCGUUGUAGAAAGCAUGAAAGUGAUCACAAGUGCAAAUUCCGAACGUGUUGCUAGAUACGCAUUUGAAUAUGCUAGACGAAAUGGAAGGAAGAAGGUUACCACAGUUCACAAAGCAAAUAUUAUGAAGCUAUCUGAUGGAUUGUUCUUAGAAACGUCGAAAAAUGUUGCGAAAGAUUAUCCAGACAUUACUCAUAAUAAUAUGAUCAUUGAUAAUACGUGCAUGCAAUUGGUCUCCAAUCCACAUCAAUUUGAUAUUGUAUUAACGACCAAUUUAUAUGGAGCAAUUGUAUCGAAUGUAGUAUGCGGUUUGUUAGGUGGUGCUGGCUUGCUAGCAGGUAAAAAUUAUGGUGAUCAUUAUACAGUGUUCGAGCCUGGUACUCGUAACACUGGUACAGCCAUUGCUGGAAAGAAUAUUGCUAAUCCUAUUGCGAUGUUAAAUGCUGCCGUCGAUAUGUUACGUCAUCUUGGACACAAGACUCAUGCUACUUUAAUUCAGAAUGCCAUUAAUAAAACUAUAAAUCAAGGUGUUCAUACUCGGGACCUUGGUGGACAAGCUACUAGUAGAGAAGUUGUUGAUACUAUAAUGAAACACAUCAAAACAGCAUCUGUUUAAGACUGAUAAGAUAUAUUUUAUUGAUACAGUCUUGCUUUUUAGUACAAAUAUUUAGUUGAUUAGUAAAAAUAUUAUAAUCACUAUAUCUGAGAGCAGUAAUUGCAUGUCCCAUUAAAGCAGUUCUAUAAUAUUGUGUAAAUCGCAAUCUGUUCAAACCAGUUUCUAACUUUAAAAUGACAAAUUUGAUACUUGUAUUAUAUUAAUAUUUUAUGUAAAAUAAUAAAGAUUGAAACAUUGUAAAAUAUAUAUUAUAAGUACUAGUACAAUUAGAAAUUACGUAUUAUAAUUAUCUAUAUGAGCUGUUUGGGAUAUACAUUAUUCUUCGCAUGCAUCUCGUCAAAAAUAUUUCCUUGUGAUUAUGUCAUAUCUAUACAUCUGUUUAACUUCGAUCAUGACAGUUUAUUAAACAAAUAUUGGCUUGUAGUGAUAUAUACUGUAUACUAGUCGAUAUAAUUUAUUUUACUUCAUGUAAAACAUUGUGAUUUAUUUGAUAGAUCGAUGGUAUACGCAAUAAUUACUUAGGCAGUAACAUUGUUAUAAAAAAAAACGUUGUACAAUAGAAUAUACAAAGAUCAUUAAAAUUCUGUAUUACAGGUAAGAAUCUAAUGUUGUAAAAGUUGCAAUGCUAGUUCCUCGUCUGCUUUUAGAUUUGUAUCAUCUAUCACGGAAAAUGUUUUUUGCUUUUUCUUCUUUUUGUAUUCCUUUUGCGUUAUCAGUUUUCGUUUAGGUGGUCUGUAAAAAGAAAUUAUCAUUACCAAAGAUGAUGCUAAAAAUAAAGCGAUAUAUAUUUUUUUUUAUAA